GCUCAUUCUGCUGGAAGCGCCGGCCCAACGCUGCCCCUCGCUCGCCCGCCCCGGCCGGGCUCCAUGGACCGCUGGACCUCGGCCCUCUAAAUGCCCGGCCCGGGCCAGAGCUCGCCCACGCCAUGGAUCGGCUCUGGGCCUGCUGCACGCUGCUCAAUCUGCUGCCCCUGCUCGGGGCCGUGGAAGAAACGCUGAUGGACUCGACCACGGCGACAGCGGAGCUGGGCUGGAUCGUGCAUCCUCCAUCUGGGUGGGAAGAGGUGAGCGGCUACGACGAGCACAUGAACACCAUCCGCACCUACCAGGUGUGCAACGUGUUCGAGCCGAGCCAGAACAACUGGCUGCGCACGCGGCACAUCCGGCGCCGAGGGGCCCAGCGCGUCCAUGUGGAGAUGAAGUUCUCUGUGCGCGACUGCAGCAGCAUCCCCAGCGUGCCCGGCUCCUGCAAGGAGACCUUCAACCUCUACUACUACGAGUCGGACUCCGACUCGGCCACCCGGACCUUCCCCAACUGGAUGGAGAACCCGUGGGUCAAGGUAGACACCAUCGCGGCCGACGAGAGCUUCUCCCAGGUGGACCUGGGCGGGCGGGUGAUGAAGAUCAACACGGAGGUGCGCAGUUUCGGCCCGGUCUCCCGCGGAGGUUUCUACCUGGCGUUCCAGGACUACGGGGGCUGCAUGUCGCUCAUCGCCGUGCGCGUCUUUUACCGCAAGUGCCCCAGGGUGAUCCAGAACGGAGCUGUGUUCCAGGAGACGCUGUCGGGGGCCGAGAGCACGUCGCUGGUGGCGGCGCGGGGGACCUGCGUGCCCAACGCCGAGGAGGUGGACGUGCCCAUCAAGCUCUAUUGCAACGGUGACGGCGAGUGGCUGGUGCCCAUCGGCAGGUGCAUGUGCCGAGCCGGCUUCGAGUCCACGGAGAACGGGACCGUCUGCCGAGGCUGCCCAUCGGGAACAUUUAAGGCCAAUCAAGGUGAUGAAGGAUGCACCCACUGUCCCAUCAACAGCCGCACCACUUCGGAGGGGGCCACCAGCUGCGUCUGCCGCAAUGGCUACUACCGGGCCGACCUGGACCCUCUGGACAUGCCCUGCACCACCAUCCCCUCUGCCCCGCAGACGGUCAUCUCCAGCGUCAACGAGACAUCCCUGAUGCUAGAGUGGACCCCGCCGCGGGACGCGGGGGGCCGAGAGGACCUGGUUUACAACAUCAUCUGCAAGAGCUGCGGGUCAGGGAGGGGGGCCUGCACCCGCUGCGGGGACAACGUGCAGUUUGCCCCGCGACAGCUGGGCCUGACCGAACCCCGCGUCUACAUCAGUGACCUCUUGGCCCACACCCAGUACACCUUCGAGGUCCAGGCCGUCAACGGCGUCACCGACCAGAGCCCCUUCUCGCCCCAGUUCGCCUCUGUGAACAUCACCACUAACCAAGCUGCCCCCUCUGCCGUGUCCAUCAUGCAUCAGGUCAGCCGCACGGUUGGCAGCAUCACGCUGUCCUGGUCCCAACCCGACCAGCCCAACGGAGUCAUCCUGGACUACGAGCUGCAGUUCUACCAAAAGGACCUGAGUGAGUUCAACGCCACAGCUGUCAAGAGCCCCACCAACACCGUAACUGUGCAGGGCCUGAAGGCGGGCACCAUCUAUGUCUUCCAGGUGCGGGCACGCACCGUGGCAGGGUAUGGGCGCUACAGCGGCAAGAUGUACUUCCAGACCAUGACUGAAGCUGAGUAUCAGACAAGCAUCCAGGAGAAGCUCCCGCUCAUCAUCGGCUCCUCUGCAGCCGGGUUGGUGUUCCUCAUCGCCGUGGUGGUCAUCAGCAUCGUGUGUAACAGAAGACGGGGGUUUGAGCGUGCGGACUCCGAGUACACCGACAAACUGCAGCACUAUACCAGCGGCCACAUGACUCCAGGCAUGAAAAUCUACAUCGACCCCUUCACCUACGAGGAUCCCAAUGAAGCCGUCCGUGAGUUUGCCAAGGAAAUCGACAUCUCCUGUGUGAAGAUCGAGCAGGUGAUCGGAGCAGGGGAGUUCGGGGAGGUGUGCAGCGGCCACCUCAAGCUGCCGGGGAAAAGAGAGAUCUUCGUGGCCAUCAAGACGCUCAAGUCCGGGUACACGGAGAAGCAGCGCCGGGACUUCCUGAGUGAGGCCAGCAUCAUGGGCCAGUUCGACCACCCCAACGUCAUCCACCUGGAGGGUGUGGUCACCAAGAGCGCCCCCGUCAUGAUCAUCACCGAGUUCAUGGAGAACGGUUCUCUGGACUCCUUCCUGCGGCAAAACGACGGGCAGUUCACGGUGAUCCAGCUGGUGGGCAUGCUGCGGGGCAUCGCGGCUGGCAUGCGCUACCUGGCCGACAUGAACUACGUGCACCGGGACCUGGCCGCCCGCAACAUCCUCGUCAAUAGCAACCUGGUCUGCAAAGUGUCCGAUUUCGGCCUCUCGCGCUUCCUGGAGGACGACACCUCUGACCCUACGUACACCAGCGCCCUGGGCGGGAAGAUCCCCAUCCGAUGGACAGCUCCAGAAGCCAUCCAGUACAGGAAGUUCACGUCAGCCAGCGAUGUGUGGAGUUACGGGAUCGUCAUGUGGGAAGUGAUGUCCUAUGGGGAGAGACCCUACUGGGACAUGACCAAUCAGGAUGUGAUCAACGCCAUCGAGCAGGACUACAGACUGCCACCCCCCAUGGACUGCCCCAACGCCCUGCACCAACUCAUGCUGGACUGCUGGCAGAAGGACCGCAACCACCGGCCUAAGUUCGGGCAGAUCGUCAAUACGCUGGACAAGAUGAUUCGCAACCCCAACAGCCUCAAAGCUAUGGCACCCCUCUCCUCCGGCAUCAACCUCCCCCUCCUGGACCGCACCAUCCCCGACUACACCAGUUUCAACACGGUGGAGGAGUGGCUGGAGGCGAUCAAGAUGGGCCAAUACAAGGAGAGCUUUGCCAACGCCGGCUUCACGGCCUUCGACGUGGUAUCCCAAAUGACGAUGGAGGACAUUCUGCGAGUGGGCGUCACACUGGCCGGCCACCAGAAGAAGAUUCUCAACAGUAUCCAGGUGAUGCGUGCACAGAUGAACCAGAUCCAGUCGGUGGAAGUUUGACGUCCGCACACGCUCCUCUUCCUCCAGGCCCUACCCCCCGUGCCCCCGUGCGUCCACACUCUAGCUCUCGAGCGCCCUACCCCUGUCCACCGCCGAGCCGGCCCGGGGCCCUCAGCGCCUGGCGGCAUCCAGGAGGAAGCAGACCCGACUGGAUCCCGGCCACCAGAGGCCCCGCCAGAGGCCGUCAGGGACUCCCGUCGCCCAAGUUGCGGAAACAAAAAAGAUGAAGACUGUUUUUUCAAAGAUGGUGCUGAUGAGAAAGCAAUGACAUGUUCUUAAAGGGCUCCGAGAUGCCGUCCAUUUUCGGGUCGGCAUGCCCCAGCGUGGGUCCUCUCCACCCCCAGCCAGGGCAGGGCACUCUGGUCCGGCCCAGGCUCUGGUCCAGGGAGGGGCCCUUUCAGGAAGACGACUGUGAAGUGGAGAGGAGAGAAACCCAUGCCUCAUACUCCUCCUCCUCCUCCUCCUUCUUCUCCUCCUCCUCCUGUCAGCAGCAUGGCUCCGGGCCCACUCAUCGCCCGACCCCUGAAGGGUCCCAGGAGAAAUGGGGCCCAGCAGCCGUGCCCUCCAGCGGGACCAGUCAGAGUUCAAACUGACCAGUCUUCAAAUGUGAAGUUUUUACAAACUGCAGCUGACCAGACGUGGUUCUGGUGGGCUCUGGAAAGGACACACUCCUGUCGUCGCUGAUUUGAGCCCAGGGCUUGGGGCAGUGGGGUGGUGUGAGGGGCGGUCCAGCCUAAGUCUGGAACCUCCCUUUCUGCCCCAAGAGGCUACAUUUCCUCUCACAAAUCCCCUACCCUGAACCCCAGUCGGGCCUUGACCAGGCAAGGGCCUGAGCCCAAGCCUCCCUGGACACCCCCAGCCCAGGAGGAAGCAGCCUGGGACUCCCCCUGCCCCCUGCCCCCACCCCCACCGUGUACAGUGAUUGAGUUGGGUUGCCACAGUUCCCCGGCUGUUUACACCCAUUUGGGGGGCAGGGGGUGCUUUUUUAAAUGACAAUGAAGAGACACUUUCCAGUUUCAUAUCUUUCAAGAACUCAGUCCUCCUCCAAGUGGAAGGAGGUUCAGGCUUAUUGACUCGGCAGCACACCGAGGGCCAGGUUUUAUAUGCACAUUUCCUGAUUUUUUUAUGUCUAACCGUCCUUGCCUGGCAGACAGGCAGACAGGCAGGAAGAGGCAGGCAGGCUGGGCCCCCUGGGGCACCUGCCCCUUGGCCACCGGGUACAGCCACAGCAAACUGGCCACCUGCCUGGCAGGGGGACUAUGUCCUGGUUGAGCAUGUUCAUAGAGGGUUUAGGGGGAGCAGAGGGGAGCGGGGAGAGAGCUAUGCCCCAACUUAUGGGGCCAGCUCUGCACUGCUGUGGGACUCUUUUCCUGGAGAUGCAUCCUCUGCCCCUCUUCCCAGUCCCAACCCUGACUCCCUGUGUCUGCCACAGGGCUGCCUGAAGUCCAGCAGACACAGGGAAGAAUCCGUCAGGCUCCUAGGAGAGAGGAGGGGGUGGCCAGGAAGCAGCCACCAGGGUUGGCUCAGGCCCAGCCACCCCCUCGGUAGGCAGGUGGGGGCCCGGUGAGCAGAGCAGAGGGCAGUUGCUGGUGACCCCAGGAGAGGCAUCUGGGAACGUGGUCCGGCCCGUGGGUUUGGAUCCGAGUCCUUCACUGUGAUCCCCUCCCCUUCCCCACCCUGCCCCUCCACCACCAGACCAUGUCCCCAAACUGGCAAGAGUCCGCUCUUUUCUCCCAUCUCCUCUGCUUCCCCGGGAAAUGGACGGGAGUGUGAGGGUGGGGCCGAGGAGGGCGGGCACAUGCCGUCCGCAGCGGAGCGGCUGCCCUGCCCCUCCCGUGAGCAGACAGACGUAUAAAGUGAACAAUCAGUUAGUGGAUCGACCUGAAAUAAAUGCUUUAGUUACAAAUGGC